AUGAUGGCAACAGACCCAAGAAGAAGAAGAUCAACUCAUCUUCUAACCCCAGAUAAUUUAACCACUUGUAUACAGGUCACUAAUAUACCUAAUGAUUGGACCUCAGAUACAGUAACAUCAGUAAUUGCAGGGUCAGGUCGUAUCAUUGAUAUUACUACCAAGAACGAUCCAAGAACAGGAAAAUUGGCUUAUAUCAAUUAUGAUUAUGUAUCGAGUAGAGAGUGUCAGGAAGCAUAUGAUAUGUUGAUUAAAAUUGAAAAAUUUCCAUGUAAGCUAGAAAAGAUCAUUCCCCCAAAUUAUAAAGAAAGAUUAGAUGAUAUGGUAAAGGGAGUAAUCAAACCAAGUUUGGAAUUGAAGAGAGAUGCAUAUCCCUGGAGUUAUUCAUUAGAAUUGCCAUUUCAAAUGAUCACUGCUAUCCCAUUGCCAAGAAAACCAAACCCACAACAUAACAAAGAUUCUAAUAUUGUAUUUCCUGAUAUUUUAAGUAAAGCAUCUCAACAUUUGCCAGCAUUCAAGGAGUAUCUAUUAAAAGCGAAAGACGAUGAUGCAAUAUCAAUUAGUUUAAGUAAGAUACCACCACUACAAUUGAUUGAAAUUAUAUCCAAUUUAAAGAUUUUGGCCAACCAAGGGAAUUCUAAAAAAGACCAAUUGAGUCAGUUUUUGUGGAAUAAUAAUAAUUUGAUUAUCCCAAUUGCACAAGCUUUACUUGAAAUGGGAUUUUUCACUGAAGAUAUAGUUAGCAAUGUUUUACGAAAUAUAAAUUUUAAUAAUAACAACAAUAGUGGUAAUGGUAGUGGUAACAACACGUCCAAUCCUUCAACUAUAUCUAAUACACCAUUGCCAAUAUAUAAUAAUAUGUCUAAUAAUCAAAACAAUAUCAACAAUAACAAUAAUAAAAUUUUAAUGGGAGCUACACCAUCUCAAAUGGUUGUACCGGGUAUGGUUCCACCUCCAGUCCCCUUUGGGUUUCCUGGAGAUAUGACAUCACAAUCAUAUAUGCCUGCAAUGAACAACAACAUAACUAUACCUAUUAUGAAUACAAAUACAAUCGCUAACAACAACAACAACAACAAUAAUAAUAGUAAUAAUAGUAAUAAUAACUCUGCAAUACCACCAUUAACAAGUAUGAAUCAACAGCGAUCUACACUCACAGCACCAAUAAUAAGUAAUAAUAAUAAUAAUAAUAAUAAUAAUAAUAAUAAUAAUAGUAAGACAAUAAAUUAUAAUAAAUUACAAAAUCUGCCAGUUGAACAACAAGAAAUGAUAAAACAAGUACUGGCAUUAACAGAUGACCAAUUAACCCAGUUGCCUGUUGAUCAACAAAGAAUGGUCCAUAACCUCAGAAAGGAUUAUUUAGUAUAA